AGAUAUCUUUCUCUCCUCCGUUUUGAACAUAUGUAUAGUUAGAAUUUUUGGAUCCAUUUUUUUCUUAAAAACAAACACAUUUUAUCCAAUUAGUAAAAUAUGUAUUAAAAUAAGAUGUUUCGCGUUGAACUGUUGUUAAUUUCAUUCGCAAAUUUGACGAGCGUAGUAAUACUUUGAAGUGAGAAGACCUACACAUACUGCGUUCAAGCAAGACAAAAGUUUAAUCACUGGUGCUGAUUCGUUCUUUGACUAGGUUGAGUUUGUAAGUUUUAGAAACUGAAAAUGACUGGCCGUGCGCGAGCACGAUCAAGGGGCCGAGCGCGCGGUCAAGAGACCGCGGCACCUGGCGUGACACCCUUUCAGGAGACAGCACGAGAAGCUCCCCCCUCUGAGGGUGAGCUUGUGGGUCGAGGAAGACAGAGAACUGCCCCAGGGGCUGUGUCCUCCGAAGCCGUUAUUCAGAUAUCUGCAGGGUUUCAGCAGGUGAAGAUCGGAGAGAGAGGUGGACGGCGUCGUGACUUUCAUGAUGCAGGAAUCAACACCAGGCAGGCCAUGGAGCAUGUGAGAGAGUCCAAGUCUGGUUUCUCUGGCUCUCCCAUUGAGCUGAAAGCCAACUUCUUCAAGAUCCUGUCCCGCCCUCAGUGGGUGCUGUACCAGUACCAUGUGGACUUCAAGCCCGUCAUGGAGUCACGGCGCCUACGUUCUGCCCUCAUGUAUCAGCAUGAGGAGACACUAGGCAAAGCUCGCACCUUUGAUGGAGCCCUCCUCUUCCUGCCUCACAAACUGCACAACACGGAGACUGUGCUGUACAGUGAGACCAGAAUGGGUGAGAAAGUCCAGAUCACUGUCACUCUGACCAAUGAGCUGCCCCCCACUUCUCCAGUGUGCCUGCAGUUCUACAACAUCAUCUUCAGAAGAGUACUGAGGAUGCUGAACAUGCAGCAGAUUGGACGCCAUUACUACAACCCAACAGACCCACUCAAUAUCCCACAGCACAGGCUGACCAUCUGGCCCGGCUUUACUUCCACCAUCCUGCAGUACGAGUCCAGCAUCAUGCUGUGCACGGACGUGAGCCACAAGGUGCUGCGCAGUGAGACGGUGCUCAGCUUCAUGAUGGGCCUCAGGCAGCAGAGUGGAGAUCAGCGCUUCCCAGAGGCCUGCACCAAGGAGCUGGUGGGACUCAUCGUCCUCACCAAGUACAACAACAAAACCUACAGGAUUGAUGACAUUGCGUGGGACCAUACUCCCAACAACACAUUCAAGAGGGGAGACUCUGAGAUUUCUUUCAAAGACUACUACAAGGCACAAUAUGGUCUGGACAUCACCGACGGCAACCAGGUGCUUCUGAUCAGCCAUAUGAAGAAGAUUGGUCCUUCUGGAGGACCGCCCCAAGGGCCAGCCAUGCUUGUCCCAGAGUUCUGCUACCUCACAGGCCUGACUGACAAGAUGCGUGCUGACUUCAACAUCAUGAAAGACCUGUCCACCCACACCAGACUGACCCCAGAGCAGAGGGAGGGGCGGCUCAACCGCUUCGUUGGGAACAUCCACCAGAACACGGAGGCCCAGACAGAGCUGAAUACCUGGGGACUCAACUUUGACAACAAACUUCUGAGCCUCACAGGCAGGGUCCUCCCUGCGGAAAGGAUUGUGCAGGGAUCCAGAACGUAUGAGUACAACCCCUGGCAAGCAGACUGGUCCAAGGAAAUGAGAGGCAUCCCACUGAUCAGUUGCCGACCACUGGAGAACUGGUUAAUGUUCUUCACCCGCAGAAACAAUGAUGUGGCCCAGGCCCUCCUGCAGACCCUCAACAAGGUCUCCACACCCCUGGGCAUCCGCAUGCAGAGGGCCAUCAUGGUGGAGUACGAGGACCGUCAGGAGUCUCUGCUCAGGGCCCUGCAGCAGAAUGUUAAGAAAGAAACCCAGAUGGUGGUGGUGGUCCUGCCCAGCAACAGAAAGGACAAGUACGACAGUGUGAAGAAGUAUCUGUGUGUGGACUGCCCCACACCCAGCCAGUGUGUGGUGGCCCGCACCCUCGCCAAACAACAGGCCCUCAUGACCGUGGCCACCAAGAUCGCCCUGCAGAUUAACUGCAAGAUGGGAGGAGAGCUGUGGAGCGUGGAGAUCCCACUGAAGCAGCUGAUGAUUGUGGGUAUUGACUGCUACCACGACACGGCUGCUGGCAAGAGAUCAAUUGGAGCUCUGGUGGCCAGUCUUAACCAGGGCAUGUCCAGGUGGUUCUCAAAGUGUGUGCUGCAGAACCGUGGACAGGAGAUCAUGGACGGACUCAAGGUGGCGCUGCAAGGUGCCCUGAAGGCGUGGCUGAAGCACAACAACUGCCUGCCAUCACGUAUCAUUGUGUAUAGAGACGGAGUGGGAGACGGGAUGCUGCAGAGUGUGGUCAACUACGAGGUGCCACAGAUCAUGGAGUCCAUCAAGACCAUGGGACACGACUAUGCACCCAAACUAACCUUGGUGGUUGUGAAGAAGCGCAUCAGUUCCAGGUUCUUUGCCCGCAUCGAUGGCAAGCUGACCAACCCUCCCCCUGGAACAUGCAUCGAUACUGAGGUCACCCGCCCAGAAUGGUACGACUUCUUCAUUGUCAGCCAGGCCGUCCGCAUGGGGAGUGUCUCCCCAACCCACUACAAUGUGGUGUACGACAGCAGUGGACUGAAGCCUGACCACAUGCAGCGACUGACCUACAAACUUUGCCACAUGUACUAUAACUGGCAGGGAAUCAUCCGAGUGCCUGCACCCUGUCAAUAUGCCCACAAAUUGGCCUUCCUGGUGGGCCAGAGCAUCCACAGAGAGCCCAACAUGAACCUGGAUGACUUCCUUUACUACCUAUAAGAGAGCACAAGCUAACUAAAGAUCACAUUGGAGAACUUGGUUUCCUUGAAACUGUUUGAUUUUUGUUCAGGAAAUUGACUGAAUAUACUUAAGGGUAAAGUGGUUAGGAUAUUCCCCAAUUUACAGGAGAGUGAAACCAUUUUUAUUUUUUUAUACUUCAGCAAUUUGAUUAUCUUCUGUUUUAUGCUGUUUUAUUUGAAAAAAUAUUUGUAGAUGGUCAUUGCAAAGUGUUUUAUUUGUGUGACAUGGUAUGAGACUGUUUUGAGAAGUUUGCUACCUCAGCUUUUAUUUUGGCUGUACAGUGCAUUUGGAAAGUAUUCAGACCCCUUGACUUUCUCCACAUUGUUACGCUACAGCUAUUCUAAAAAUGGAUUAAAUUGCUGUUUUUCUCAACAAUUUACACGCAAUACCUAAUAAUGACCAAGCAAAAAUAUGUAAGUAUUCAGACUCUUUACGGAGUACUUUGUGGAAGCGCCUUUGGCAGCGAGUACAACCUCAAGACUUCUUGGGUAUGAAGUUACAAGCUUGGCACACCUGUAUUU